CUUUCUUCUGCUACAAUAAUUUCUAACAAAUAACGUUGAGAAAAUCAAAGAGUGAAUUGUUUAUUAUUUAUUGUUUGAUUUUGGUUAUAUAAAUUGUUAUUAAUAAAACUGUAAAUGUACGGGAAUGGGCCGGUGUUUAAGGCGGAGGGGACGUCGUUCCGGGAUCAACCAUACGCGGAACAGCUUCCUCAGGGACUAUGGACCACAGGGCUUUGCGAUUGUCACGAAGAUGCUCACAUUUGUGUUCAGACAGCUAUAAUGCCAUGUGUUUCCUUCGCUCAAAACGUCGAGAUCGUAAACAGAGGAACCAUACCUUGUAUGAACGCAGGUUUGAUUCAUCUAGCGUUAGGCUUUAUUGGUUGUAGCUGGCUCUACGCUUUUCCAAACCGGUCUAGGCUUAGGGAACAUUUCGCAUUGCCUGAAGAACCAUGCCGUGACUUUUUAGUCCAUCUCUUUUGCACCCCAUGCGCUAUCUGCCAAGAGUCCCGAGAACUCAAGAACCGCGGCGCUGAUCCUUCUAUCGGAUGGCUUUCGAAUGUAGAGAAAUGGAGCCGUGAGAAAGUAACACCUCCCAUAGUUGUACCUGGCAUGAUUCGAUGAUACUUUCACGCAAUGCGGCUAUUAUCUCUUACGGUUUAAAACUUUUCUGUAGAUCUUGUAAGCUUCAGGUGUUUCUCAGUUUAGCUAGGGAAAGUAAAAUAAAAAAAAACGAUGACUGAUUCUGAAUGGUAACGUUCACUACCAACUAAAUAAACAGAUGAUCUAAUACACUAAAGAGAAGAGCGUUAUGGGUCUUUUAGUUAAAAAUAUGUAAAUAUGAAAACCUAAGACCAGAACUAUGCUUUUCCUUUGGUCAUCAUGACUCAUGCAGGCUUUUUAUUUAGUCUCUAGGUCUGGCUAACCAUAGAGAGCUAAGUGCUCUAAGCCGAGAAAUAUAAUCGUGGAUGACCAAAAAGGCGCGAGCAGCUUGUCGUGUGGUGAGAAUUCUGUGAAGCUGUUGCAGAGUUUGUUGCCUCAAUAAAUCAGCCUGCAAAGAUAUAGUAACCUUUAAGCUCUUUGAUUUGUAAUAACAAAUGUUGUUGUUGACAAGAGACAUUCUGUUCAUUUUUUCUUACCUGGCGAAGGAAGUUUUCAAGAGUGCCAAGUUUGCCCAUAGCCAUAGCCAUAUGACCCAUAUAAUCUGCAACAUUUGCUGAAGAGUUUGGACCCAUUGAAGCAGAAGAAAGCGUCUCGAGAAGUGAUUGUUGUAGAGCUUCCAUGCCUUGUGACAAUGCAUCCUCUGCUUGUUGAGACGAUUGCUGAAGGUUGCAAAUGCCUAUCAACUGCUGGUCCGUCAAUGGAUCCACAUGGUUCCCCAAUAUCUAACAACAUAGUUACCAAUUAUGAGAAAAAAAAAUCAAAA